CUUUACCCCACUUACACCCUACGAGAGGUAGUACCAGUAGCACAUACCCCCGAAAUAUUUCUUCGGAUUUACUCGGCGCGCAACUUAUUCGAAAGUAUCUUUGGGGUUUCCCGGGGUAGGAGUGUUGUGAAUUCGGAAGGGUAGUUUUUUUAUAAAACAAAUUUACCCUGAUUGUAAAUAAACUUCGUUAAGAAAAGUGAUAUUGUUCCACUGAAAUCGUGGUGGUACAUUUUGUACGAGGGAUAUUAAGAACAUCCAUUCUUGACUGACAUAGUGACAUACUUUUUGACGUCUUCGGUUUUAGUGAUGUUCGCCAAACAGAGGACUAGACCCAAACGAUAAUGUGAUAUUUUUCUCUGCAUCGUUUAUACCAUAACGGUCUUUUUUAUAAACAAUACAAACAGGAAGUGAUAGAGUGAUUUCAAUUUGAGGAUACAGUGACCCGUUUUGGGAUUUUAAUGUUUUGUUUCGAUUAUUCUCAUUGGAUUUGGAUAAACACUAUUUGAUAGGUUUAUGUGGCCACUUAGCAACUAUCUAGUCCAGAUGCCGCGGCCUUAACGAAACCUAAUCUUACCAACAUCAUUUUUAAUGGACAUAAUGAAAUAUCCUAGCCUCUCUCAGAGUACAAGCAUGGCAGUCAACAAUGGUACCCACGUCGAUGAGGUCGAUCCCUUAUUCAUCUCCUCUUGUUGGGGCACCAACAUGCAACCGGAAUUCAUUGACGCACAUAAAUUGAUUCUCGAAGGUCACAUCAGUAACUUAGGAUCCGACAAGCUCCUUCUAGAGUCUUCGUUGGAGGACGACAGUGAAAUCGAAAGCAAGGAUACCAUAGAAGCUUUAGAUAACCUAUUACUCAGUGCGCAGAAUAUCAAUACUAGUCUGGCAGAGCUGAAACCUCUGCCUCCGUUCACAGGAUAUACUGCCAACCUUAGUAUAAACGGCAUACAAGGGCAUCAUUAUCAUACCAUAUCCCAAAGAAUUCCAGAAGAAUCGAACAGUAAUUAUAACAACUUUAGUGAACAGAAUAUAGUAUCUAGUUCUACGUGUAACGUUACUGCGGACUCAGCCAGUGACCAGGACAGUAAAGCAUUUUUCUCUAGUGACAGUUAUGAAUGUGUAGACCCAGAUUCAGUGUCUUCUUUAAAAUACGAGGACUGUAGUCAGCAUGCCGUGGAUUCUGCUACCAACAUAAAAACUGAAGUAGCUGACUACGACAUGUCGUCCAUAGACGAUAUAGCUGCUAUCAUAGGCUCAGCAAUAGCUGACACAACGGUUCCGAAUAACAACCCAGAUAGUGAAGAACCUUCGUGUUCUAGGGGUAGUUGGAUGGACUUAGAUGCUUGGAUAGAUGACCAGCAGAAAGGCUUGCUUAUUACUCAAGACGGUCUAUCAGAAUUCGUUAUUCCCUCAGUACAACAAAAUAACAUCCAAGUUCAACAAAGUGGAUCGACAUUGCAAACACUUUUGACGCAUGGUUACAUGCCUUUGUUGCAGAAUAGGCUACAAAAUGGUCCCCCUAUAAAACAAGAAGUUCCCAGUUCCACGAACUAUGGAAACGAUAUGAUUUCCACGAGCAGUCCGCCGUCCAAUGUAGUUUCAACAACCGAUAAUCUCCUGGUUACCGUGAACGGUAGGUUUCUUCCCCAGUAUAUUCACAGUUUAAGCGAGGACCACAGGAUAAGGAGUCCCGAUAUGCUCCAAAACUACCCGCACACAACAACCACUAGCAACGCUCCCAAGAAGUCCAGGAGCAGAGCCCAGAAGAAACAGCAACAGCAAGCCAGUUCGAGUGUGUUCCAAACUGACCAAACGUUAGGACUUUUAGGUAAAGAAAAGCCUGUGCACAGGUGCAACAUUUGCAAUCGGGGUUUCUUAAACAAAAGUAAUAUUAAGGUUCAUCUUAGAACGCACACUGGGGAAAAGCCCUUCAGGUGCGACACUUGCGCUAAAGCUUUUAGACAAAAGGCACAUCUUUUAAAGCAUCAACAGAUCCAUAAGAGGAUUGGAAGAGAUUGAAGACCUUGUUUCAGCUUAAAAGUAUUUAAUAGCAGGUUAUAAAAUUUCAUUUUGUGACGGAGCUGUACUAAUGUGUCAAACUAGUCAUUUCUAUUUAGAUCAAGAUACAUAUAACACCAGUGGUUACAAGGAUUAUUGUACUAUUGAAUCUUUUUAAUAUGCGUCAGCGUCAUAUAGGUCACUAUUUAUUCCCUGACUGCUAAAGUUUUCUUGUUAACCAUGGCUUUACUGUUUCUGUAGCAACUUUAUAGUUUCCGAUCUUUCAAUUACCUUCUUCGCUUUAAAUACCUUCCUCGUCUAAUUUAUACUUUUUGCCAAUGAAUCUUUUUUUGUAUAAAUUGUACAAUAAUGAUUCUCUACAUUCAAGUGUCAUUUUUUGCAUUUUUUUAUUUGCUUUGUAAUUUUGAAUGAGAUUAUGUAUCUUUGUUUUUUUAAUGUCCACAUUGAACAUUCGUACUAUAUUUGGUUUCAUGAAGAAAGUAUAUGCAAUAUAAUUAUUUAAAAAUAUAAAUUUUUAGUAAAAUGACACUUAAGAGGAAACAGUAGCGAUCAAUAGGUAGCG